CGACUCUCUGCUGCAUAUCGACACUACAACUACCGGCAGGCCAGUGCUCACACCCGCGUACUAUGAGAGGAGAACGGAGGGUAUGGAGGAGGGAGACGGUGCCGAGGGAUACGACUGCAUAUGCCGGGUACCCCAGGAAAUCGGCUCGUUCGGCGUGGCCUGCGACAAGUGCGGGCGUUGGUGCCAUGGGGUAUGCGUCGGGCUGCUUACUGCACCGGCGGAGGACGAGGUAUGGAGAUGCUGGCAGUGCGAUCCGUCGACGAUAGACCGGGUAAUGAAAGCGCAACGAGAGCGGGCCCGCUUACGAGAGGAAGAGGCGAACAGACAGCGGGAGCGGGAGAUGUUGGAGAGAGAGGGAGACAAGGUGCGCAGGAGAGGCAGCCCCGGCGUCGAGAGGAAGCGCAAGGUCGGCGCGUCGGAUGGCAGCGGGGCGGGCGUGAAGCGGAAGAGGAGGAGCUCAACGUCGGUCGCACACAUAACGCCUUCAACGUCGUGGGCUCCGCAGACGCCGGUGACGACCGUCCCGCCACCGCUACUCGAACCGUCCACGUCCCGAACGUCGCAGCAACCACACCCUGCUACCGAGGAAGACCAUAUCGACAUCGACAGCGAGCCAUGGGCGUCCUCGACCUACGUCCCCAUCACCAGCGAUAUAAUACCAUAUCAGGAGACUCGGGAUCUUCUCAAACAUCAUGCACAACGAUGGCGCGGCAUGUCUGCUCUCGAGCCGCCUAUCGAGCACCCGCCGGACCCGUACCGCUAUCCGUACAGCACGACCCCGGUUGACGUACCUUAUUCCGCCUUCACGAACCCCCCUCCUACGAUCCUACAUCCCGGGAACACCACACAUCCUUCCUCUACCUCGACAUCAGCCCGGCCAGCGCCAUACGCCCUCCAUACCGCCCAACCGCUCCCCGCAUCCACUCUCAUCACCCCUUACCUAAGCACCAUACUCCCUUCCGCCGUCUACCUCGCUGAUGAACUCAACGGCUAUGCACAUACUGGCUUACCUCGAGCUCACGUCCAUCUCGUCGGGCCCCCGAUAGACGUUGCCCUGGAUGCUCGCGGGACAGGCAACCAAGGCCGAUGGGUCAGAAGCGGUUGUCGCCCGAACGCGGUGAUAAGACCCGUUCUUUGUAAUAAGGGCAAGGGCAAGGGCAAGGAACGCAUGCGUGAGCAUGCCAUGGACCUUGACGAGCAGCCAGCUGAGGCUGGAGCGAAGGAUGACAAGGACGAAGAAACCUUAUCGUUCGCCGUAUUCGCGCUCCGCGACCUCAAAGCGCACGAAGAAGUCAUUCUGGGUUGGGAAUGGGACGAUGGUUGUGUCGUCCAUAAGCUGCCGGCGUUGAUAGAACGACCAUGGACCUUUCCCCCUCAUCAAUUUCGCCGCUUGCGUGAUCAAAUGUCUAUGAUCGUCAAUACGCUUGCGUCUUCAUUCACUACCUGCGCAUGUGGCUCGUCCGCGAAAGACUGCGCCCUCAAUCUCAUGUCCUCCUUCGUCGAUUCUCCAGGUCAGGUCAACCUGGAACGUAUGCAUGGGUUCCCGUUUCCGGAUACGCUCGACCCUAGAAAACACGUGGAAGAUCCUGGUGGUGGCGACCACAUCGACCUCGGUCCUCUCAUCGGCAGAGAACGCGGGUUUCGAACUCGAGAGCGUGUUCCAUGGUCCGGCGGCAUCGGCGGCGUCGAGAUGGUCCCACAAUCCGCGGCCACGACUCCUUACGGCGAGCCUGAAGCUCCUGGCGGUCGGCGGCGGCACGGUAAGACGAAUAAAUUGCGCUCAGAUCAUGCCAUCUCGCUUGAUCGGGGCAAUACCGUUAACGAAGUUGCCCGUGCUUUUCGUUCAAUGCAGAGCGAAACGGUCGAUGAGUCGAUGCUGCCUCCAUCUCUGAAGCGCCGCAAGUUCGAUCCCAGCGAACACGCGUCUCCGAGGAAGGGGAAGGGGAAGGGGAAGGAUGUGGAGGAAUGGGACUCGUCGGUUGGAAAAGCUGAGAGACAAGGCUACGAUGAUGCGGAUGAAGACAUGGAGGAUGCCACGGCGCAACCCGAGCACGAAAAGGAAAUGCCGCCUCGUUUACGGAAAGGGUGGAUCCGCGACAGCUUGGACGCACUGCGUGAGGGCACGCGCUUAGGUAGCGUUACUUUCGACCAGCUUCGUGAUGACGCUGUUGGAGAGGCCGAUGCUUGGAACUCGGCAGCGGACGAGAGGGCAACACAUAGCGCAGCCGCUGCUUCUCCGGAGGUCAUUACCUCCCCUGAGAGAUCCAUUCCCACUCCUGUUCCUCGUUCGCCUUCCCCAGCUCCCACAGAAGACACGAUCCCUCCGCAUGUCGAAGCCAGCCAAACGCUCGCGCAUGUGGCUCCGGAUGCCGCUCACGUCCACAACCAUGCACCUGCGAUAACGGGGCCUGUCCUUUCUCCCUCGACCCGGUUCUCCAACCUUUCCCUUGAUAGUCCACUGGCCCCUCCAGCCCCAACUCCCCGCUCGUUUGGCCUCGCCAGUCUCCUCAACCCAUCACCGAUGCCAACCAGGAAGCCCACACCGGUUGCUGCCGCGUCUCAGUCUCCCCGAAUAACAACC